AAGAAAGGAGGAGUAAUUUGCCAAGUAAAGUCUGUAAAACCAUCUGAGAAAGGAAGUAGCCCUUUCCUGAUAUUCCCCAAUUGGGCCAUUUCCAAUUCAGAGCUUCUUCCUCUUCUUCGGCUUUAUUCACCGCCCAAACCCUUCAAACACGACGCAGGCAGAGAGUCAGGUGUUCUGAUUCAUAGUCUCCAACCCCAAACACACUGCACCUGACUCCCUCAAUUCAAAUGUAACGCACCCAACUCCACCAAGCCCCGAGCUACCUCUAUAUAUACACACACACACACCCAUCUCUAUCUGAUACACUAUCCAUGAAAAUCACCUUGGUUUGAACCCCAGCUUAGGGAUUUCCAAGAUGGGCGUCGAGGCGGCCCACCAUUCCGACCACCAGGCUGGCAGAGAUGUCAUCUGCCACGCCGUUGCCGGCGCCUCUGCUGGUUCCAUGGCGGCUACGUUCGUCUGCCCUUUGGAUGUCAUCAAGACGAGAUUACAGGUCCACGGCAUGCCUACUGGUCAAAGAGGCAGUAUCAUUGUCACGAGCCUGCAGAACAUAUUAAAGACAGAGGGUGUUAGGGGGAUGUAUCGUGGCCUUUCGCCAACAAUUCUUGCGCUGCUUCCGAAUUGGGCAGUGUAUUUCACAGUUUAUGAACAACUCAAAGGUCUACUCCAGACACAUGAGGAUGGUGGGGAACUCUCAAUUGGUGAAAAUAUGAUAGCUGCUGCUGGGGCUGGGGCUGCCACAGCCAUUUCAACAAAUCCAUUGUGGGUUGUUAAGACAAGACUGCAAACACAAGGAAUGAGGCCUGGUGUGGUUCCAUACAAAAGCAUGAGAUCUGCUUUCACAAGGAUAGCAACUGAGGAAGGGGUGCGAGGUUUAUAUAGUGGGAUCAUACCUUCUUUGGCUGGGAUAAGUCAUGUUGCAAUUCAGUUUCCUGCUUAUGAAAAGAUAAAAUCGUUCAUGGCAAAAGAGGAUAACACAACUGUUGAUAAGUUAAAGCCCGGGAGAGUUGCCAUUGCCUCGUCAAUAUCAAAAAUAUUGGCUUCUGUAAUAACUUACCCUCACGAGGUCAUACGUUCCAGGCUUCAAGAGCAAGGGCAGGCUAGACAUAUUCAACCCAAGUAUGCAGGGGUUAUUGAUUGUAUUAAGAAAGUGUUCCGAAAGGAAGGCUUUCCUGGUUUCUAUAACGGCUGUGCUACAAAUUUAAUAAGAACAACACCUUCUGCUGUUAUUACAUUUACCAGUUACGAGAUGAUAGAUAGGUUCUUGCGAAGGGUUGUUCUUCCAGAAAAGGAGCACUCACGAGACCCCCCAAAAUCUGAUGGCCACGACAAACCUCAGCAGGGAGAUAGAGGCAAUGUGGGAGAUGAUGAUAAGACUUCUUUGCGGCAACUACAAACCCAAUCAAGUAAGGGGGGUACAAUUCCAGUUGGAAACUAACAGCAAGCCACUGAUCGACUUGUUGUGCCUUUUGGAACUCAGAUUUUGGUUAAAGAAAUUUUUUCUUGUAAUAAUGAAAUUAAAAUACAGUAGAUAAAUGUAAUUGCAUUUGAAGAAAGAAAAAGAUGAUUUGCCUUCCGAAGAAAUGGCACAUCAUCUCAUUAGGCAUCCAAGUAGUUAUUUGAAGCUCGUCUUUGAAGUUAGUACAGAUUAUAGCAUUUAUUUGAUGAUCAAGAAUCUCACUUGAAGGCUUGCAGUCU